AUGAUGCAGCAACCAGGUCCAGGAGGAGCGGUGCCACCACAACAACCACCACCACAGCAAUAUCAACAACCUCCUUACAUGAUGAUGAUGCCACCACCGCAAAUGGCUCAAACACAACCUCCACCUCCUCACAUGUGGGCUCAACAUCCGGUCCAUCAAGCUUCUAUUCCACCACCACAGCAACUACAACAAGGACAAGGUCAACAUCCUGCUAGUUCUGAUGAGGUCAGGACUCUUUGGAUUGGUGACUUGCAGUACUGGAUGGAUGAGAACUAUCUCGCUAGUUGCUUUGCUCAUACUGGAGAGUUUGCUUCUGUAAAAGUCAUUCGUAAUAAGCAAACUUCUCAAAUUGAGGGUUAUGGAUUUAUUGAGUUUACCAGUCAUGCGGCUGCAGAAAGGAUAUUGCAGACUUAUAAUGGUACCCCAAUGCCAAAUGGCGAGCAGAACUUUAGGCUGAACUGGGCUUCUUUUAGUGGGGGUGAUAAGCGUGAUGAUUCUCCUGACUUCACUAUAUUUGUGGGAGACUUGGCUGCUGAUGUUACAGAUUUCAUGCUCCAAGAGACAUUCAGGGCCCACUUUCCCUCAGUGAAGGGUGCAAAGGUGGUGAUUGAUAGGCUCACUGGACGCACAAAAGGCUAUGGAUUUGUUCGUUUUGGAGAUGAAAGUGAACAACUACGUGCUAUGACUGAGAUGAAUGGGGCAUUCUGUUCGUCAAGGCCUAUGCGAGUAGGGCUUGCUACAAACAAGAAGGCUGUGGCUGUUCAGCAAUAUCCAAAAGCAUCCUAUCAGAAUUCUCAGACCCCGAACGACAGCGACCCAAAUAAUACAACUAUAUUUGUUGGUAAUUUGGAUCCUAGCGUUAUGGAUGACCAUUUGAAAGAACUGUUUAGCCAAUAUGGACAAUUAUUGCAUGUGAAGAUACCUGCAGGCAAGAGAUGUGGGUUUGUUCAAUUUGCUGACAGGAGUUCUGCAGAAGAAGCAUUGAAGAUGUUAAAUGGAGUUCAGUUGAGCGGACAGAGUAUUCGACUGUCAUGGGGCCGUAGUCCUUCAAACAAACAGAUAUAUGGCAUGCCUCUUUAUUUGCAGGCUCAGCCAGAUGCAAACCAAUAUGGUGCAGGAUACUAUGGGUAUGGGCAACAAGGAUACGAAAAUUAUGGGUACGCUCCAGUUGCCCAGGACCCCAACAUGUACUAUGGAGGCUAUCCUGGCUAUGGAAACUAUCAGCAGGGCCAGCAGAAGCAGCAGCAUCAGCAGCAAGUAGGAUAUAGCUGA